UUCUGCUCACCUGCGCAGAGAGCCCGCCUCUAUCCAACUCUCGCCUUCGCUGCCGGGCUGGCUCCGGCUUUCCCUUCCGGCUCGCGGCGCAGGCGCACAGCAGGAAAGGAAGCGGCAGCAUGGCCACUCGAGCUAAGCGAAAGAGAGCAGGAGGGCCGCCCGCUUCCUGGGAGGAGGAAGGCGGCGGCGAGGGGGUGGACUCGGACAGCGAUGAAGAGAGUGAUGAGGAAGAGGAGGAAGAAGAGUUAAAUGAGGAAGUAAAUGUUGAAUUUGAAGCACAUUCAUUAUCUGAUAAUGAUAAGAAUGGAAUAAAAAAAUUACUGCAACAGCUGUUUCUAAAGGCUCCUGUUAAUACAGCUGAUCUGACUGAUAUAUUGAUACAACAAAAUCACAUUGGGAGUGUUAUCAAGCAAGCAGAAGUUUUAGAAGAAAGUGAUGAUGAUGAAGAUGAUGAUGAUGAUGAGGUUUUUGGCAUCAUAAGCCUCUUAAACUUAACUGAAAGGAAGGGUACUGAAUGUGCUGAACAAAUUAAAGAGCUGGUUUUAAGCCAGUGUGAGAAGAACUGCGAGCAGAGUAUGGUUGAACAGCUGGAUAAGCUCCUAAGUGACACCACCAAGCCUGUGGGCUUCCUGCUAAGUGAAAGAUUCAUUAAUGUACCUCCCCAGAUUGCUCUGCCCAUGCACCAGCAACUGCAGAAAGAACUAACUGAAGCUCAAAGAACAAACAAACCUUGUGGAAAAUGCUACUUCUAUCUUCUAAUUAGCAAGACUUUUACUGAUAAGAAGAAGAAUGCUAGAAAAAAGGGAAGCCGCACCCACCAGAAAGAAGAACUGAUGUUUUCAAAUGCUGAGGAAGAAUUCUUUUAUGAGAAAUCACUUCUGAAGUUCAGUUACUCAGUAGAAGAGGAGAGUGAUUCGUGUUUAGGAGGCAGAUGGUCUUUUGAAGAUGUACCCAUGAAACCUUUACGAACUGUGAUGGUAAUCCCUGCUGACAGGAUGAAUGCUAUCAUGGAUAAACUCAAAGAAUAUCUUUCUGUCUAAACCACUUUCUGAGUUAAUGGUUUCUGAACCUGCAAGAGUUCCUUGACUUGAGAUGUGUCAAGAAAUUUUCUAUAUUUGUUCUGCAUUUUGGGGGGAUCUCCUUUAUAUUCUCAUAAAAUAUAUCAGCUACACAACUUGCUGUCAUUGGCAGGCAGAUUGCAUUUAAAACAUUUGUGUGAUUACACAUGCAAUAAAAAUGUUUAUUUAAUGUAUCAUUAAAUAAUUGCUGGACACAUUUUUAACUAACUGUAGAUGGUUUCCAUACUGCUGAAGAUGAUGGAAAACUCUUACUCCUGCAUUUUGUUCUGUUCUAAAAUGAUUUCUCAUGUCACAUAUUAUAAAAACUGAUGUUAGGGCAUAUAUUGUACAUAGGUUAUGUAUAGUUCAACAUAGUUUGGGAUAGCAAACUUAUUGAAUAAUGCAUCACUGUUCAGCAGGUCUUUCAGGAUUUUUUUUAUAUUCUUUAUCUUCACUGUUUGGUUUUUGUUCCUCAUGUGUUGUUGAAAUGGGCGAUAAAUGAUUGAUUUCUUCCUGCAGAAUGGUCUUGCUUUCACUGGUGGAUAAAUUACUAAAAUAGUAUUGAGGUGCCAGCUCCACAAAUCUGUUAAGAAACAGAAUAAACAAGUGAGGGUAUAUAUUUUUAAAGUGGCAAUCUUUUGAUAUUUUCUUUGUUUUAUGACUCGUGCAGCAAAUGCUUACAGGCAGACACAUUUUGAUGCAUUAAACAUAGAGCUGGGCAGUUGGAAUCCAGAACUGGUUCCAAAGGAAAUAUUCCAGGGAAAGUGUAUAUACAAGCUUGUAGUCUUAAGCAUUGCUACAAAUUCAGAUGUUCCAUCUGUGGCACUUGUUUAAACAGAUAGUGAGUUCAAAAUGAUAGAAUGAAAUCGCCUUUUUAAUAACAUAGACUGUACUUUACUGCAAUUGAAGAAUAUGGGUUUUGAACCCUUUUAAAAAGUUUUUUUAAAAUGUUUUUAAUGCUGUUUUGUUUUAAUGUAUUUUAAGAUCUGUUUUUAUGAUGUUUUAAAGUGUUUUUAGUGCUUUGUUUGCCGCCCUGGGCUCCUGCUGGGAGGAAGGACGGGAUACAAAUUAAAUAAUAAAUAAAUAAAAUACAAUGUUAAUAGCAGUAUGAAAUCAAUGGACAAGUUAACUCUGAAUAUGUCAAUCACCCUAUGUUCUUUCACACACAACUAAUACAUAGCUGUGACAUCAAAGUGAAGCAAAAUCCAUGUAAAUUUAUUGGAGCUGGAACAUUAAUGAGCAAUGCUUAAAACUCGUAGUGUAUGGGUAGUGAUCUCUUAAUGACUGAAUUUAUUUGAAAGGCUACAAUCCACACAGCAGCAGGAAGCCCUUCCUUUCUUAGAUCCACUGGAAUAGAUAAAAAAUGUGCCCUUCUACGGCUUCCCUGAAUUUAAAUAGGUUAUGCGCUAAAGCUUCAGGUACAAUUUGCAAAGUGUAUACUCACAUCGAAGACUAUGUUAUAUUUCAGAUAUAAUUUGCAAUACCCACAAAUGGAACAUCUGAAUUUGUAGCAAUGCUUACAAGCUUCUAUAUAUGCUUUUAACAGACAAACUAGUAACAUUGGGGUUGGAAUAGCUGAAGGAUAAACAUUUCAUUUUAAAUUUUCUAAUUAAAAUUUUAAUUCCUAAUCCAUGCUUUUAACCGAAAUUUAUUUAUUAAAUAGAAAGCACUCCUAAAAUAAAUCAUCUGUUCAGACAGGAAUAGAUUCUCACUAUAAAGUCAGUAAGACAAUGUGACUAUAACCUCUACCUUGUUUCCUCUACAAGGCCCAUUUUAAAAAACCUAAUUAUGUCCCUGUUCCAGCAAGCAAACAAACAAUGAAGUUACAAUAAUUUGCUAAAGGGCUGUUUCAGGACAGCUAACGUCUUGGCUUGGACUCAUGGGUUCCCUCCCCUAACUAAAAUAAACAAAUGCAUUGAGUGAUUCUGCAUUUAUUUUCAACAUCGGAUCAGGCCUGCAAGGUAAAAUUGUCAAAUGGUGAGAUUUUAAGAAACUUGUAACAUUUCAUCUCUUGCUUUCCUUAUAACACUUUUAAAAUGCUAAUAGGUUCAUUAUUAACUUCCAUGGAAAUUUCACUUGGAUUUCUAUAAUUCAUUGUGAAAGGAUCCUAAUGAAAUUUGAAAUGGCUCCCAUCAAACAAUUUCUAGCAUGCGUCAUACAAUCUUAGCCACAUUAUAGUUAAGAGAUUGGUAUCUGCCAAGGAGCCAGAUUCCGAAGGAAUGGUGGAGCACAUGCUUUGUAUGCAAAAACUCCCAGGUUCAAUCCCUGGCAUCUCCAGGGAGGACUAGGAAAGACCCUCGAAUGAAAGACGGGAGGGCUGCUGCCAGUCAGCAGUACUGAACUAGAUGGACUAAUGAUCUGACUCAAUAUAAGGUGGCUUCCUGUGUUCAUAUCCUACCAGAAAUAACAAGACAAAAGUUCAGGAGACCUAUCAACAUUCUGAAAGUAUCAUUGCGUGUGAUGGGAUGCUAGCUUUUUUAAAAAAAAAAACAUGGUAUUUUACUGCUGGGAGCUAAAAGCAGAGAUCACUCAUCCCUUCUGUUUGCCCUCCACUUUCCCCAGGCAGCAAACUAGAAGCUAAUUUCAAUAUCUCCCAUGUAUGUGCUGAAUUUCUAAAUGACCAGAAGUAUAUCCCGCAUCCAUGCCUAUCACCAAUUACUGAAACUAAAAACAGCUGAAAAUAUCAAUGGGUGGCACCAAAUUCCAAAGCAAAAUAAAGUAGGCAGCCUUAUGUUUUACACAGCAUUUCAGUUUCUUUGGUUAAGUUAACGUUUACCAAUGCUCAGUUUGAAAAGAUUCUGGAGUUUCUUACUGUCAUAAAGAAAGUCCAAGGCAAAAAUCGAAAUCGUUAAAGACACAGACCACAACCCACCAACAACUUAUUUUGUGCAAGCAUGUAUAAUCCAUUGGAUAAGGUGAAUACCUGCCAACAGUAUAAUUCUAUGAUGCAGUUCUAGCAAUAAAAGGGAUUUAGCCCAUAGUAACAGCCUUCUCUUACAACUCCAUUUUCUUUCAGCAAAUCUUAUACAGGAGAUGUUUGUGUUGGAUUAUGCUCUUAAAUUAAAAUUAUAUGAUAGACACACGAGUGAAAAAAAAUCCCUGCUUCCUUUUACUCACAGGUCAGGUGAUAUCGCUGAGAUGAUUUUUAUAGAGUUGUUUUCAGCGACACUAAAUUCAUGGAACACAACCACUCUGGGAUCCUUGCAGUGUUGCAGUAUAUUGAUAAAGGGUGAAGCUGAGCUACUUGCCUGUGUGUCAACAUUAAGUAGUUUCCAGAGCCAUCAACAUCAUGAGCUAUCUAGAAUAUGAAAAGUUGCAAGGAAAUUACAUGUAGUUUAUCUGGACUUAUGCCUAUUGCAGUGCAUUACCUGCAUUCAAUUAUCCAUUAAAUAACACAAGAACAUAAAGUUAUGGUUUUGAUGUGGUUAAAUUACUAUAUUUCACAAUUUGUAAGUUUAUAACGAAUUAGAAGAAGACUAUAGACUAAACUAUAGAAUUAAAACAAAUUGUGGGGGAAUAGGAAUGAAAAGAACAGUGCAUUAUUAUUUCCAUACAAAUGAAAGCAAAGUAUUUGGAUUAAACUAAGAUUAUCUGUAAUGUUAAUAAAUUUAGAU